AUGAUUGAAGUGGAUGUCGGAUCUCCUCUGGCCGAAGCCAAGAUGUCCGUCUCAGAGGUGGAAGUUCACCAGGCACAGAAGGUGAACAACGGAAUUGCGGAGGAUGGCGGUUUUGCCAUCAACGGCGGCAAGGGCUGGUCAAGCGUUGUUUUUGACAACCACAAGAUUGAUUUGAGUGGAAAAGUUGCCAUUGCCAUGGGGAACUAUUAUUUCACUAGUGCAGCGGAUGGAAGCAAGACCACGGUGGAGUACACGUUCGGCUACAAGAAAAACGCCGAUGGGAAGGUGCGCAUCUUCCUCCACCACUCGUCCGUGCCAUUUAGCUCCGGCCCGGCUUCAGCAACAGGAGGCGCCCCGGCCGUUUCCCAGGAGGAGGUGAGAGCGGCGCAAGCCAUGUCCUACUUCGUAGGCUGCAAGGCCGUCGAUGAUGGAAUUCCAGAAGAUGGUGGCUUCGCCAUCAAUGGUGGCAAAGGCGACUAUGUGGCAGCAGCGGGGAAGGCAGCCGGCGAGCUGUACGGGUAUGGUCACACGAAGGUGCUCUUCAAGCCCACGAAGGCAAAGGACGUCCAGUUCCGGCCCAUGGCAUCCCAGGCCAUGUCGUACUUCGUAGGCUGCAAGGCCGUCACCGAGGGAAUUCCAGAAGAUGGUGGCUUCGCUAUCAACGGCGGCAAAGGCUGGUCGGAUGUUGUGUUUGACAACCACGACAUUGAUGUGGAUGGCAACUCAGCAAUUGCCAUGGGGAACUAUUACUUCACUAGCGCAGCGGAUGGAAGCAAAACCAAGGUGGAAUACACGUUUGGCUACAAGAAGAAUUCCGAUGGAAAUGUGCGAAUCUUCCUCCACCAUUCCUCCGUACCAUUCAGCCCUGGCCCAGCCGCCCCAGCUGCAUCUGCACAGGUCGCGGCCGUUUCCGAGGAGGAGGUGAGAGCCGCGCAGGCAGCUUGGGCCAACGCCAUUAAGACGAUCUCCAAGACCUACUUGAGUGGAGGCGACUAUGUGGGGGCAGCAGGGAAGGCAGCCGGCGAGCUGUAUGGGUACGGCCAUGCGAAGGUGCUGUUCAAGCCCACGAAGCCAAAGGAUGUCCAGUUCCGGCCCAUGGCAUCCCAGGCCAUGUCCUACUUC